UGUUGAUUCGUUAGGAAUAAGUUAUACGUAAACUAUUGAUUCCAUCGAGAAGUUUGUUGAUUGUAACAAUAUUUUGUUAGGAGAGCACGAAGAUGAACACUAAUCCAUGCAUUAUCAAAUCGGAGGAAUUAUGUAGCACUGAUGAAUUUCCUGGAAUAGGUUAUGAAAUCUACAAUCAAAUGAAGAAGAACAGGACUAAAAUUGCACAGUAUGAUUUGGAAACGAAAGUAGAGCAAAGCUAUGAAACGCUACUAGAAAAGUCAAUAAAAACUGCUACUUCUUUGAAGGCAUUAAAGUUGGAAAAGGAUCCUACAAUAGCAAUUUUUUCCACGAAUCAUAUGGAUGUUUGUGUACCCAUAAUAGGAUCUUAUUUCCUAGGCUACAAAGUAAACGCCUAUGACUGUUUCUUGAAGGAAUCAGAUCUCACCUUACUGUUGCAAAAAAUUCCACCGUCAAUUAUGUUCAUCGAAGAACAGUUUGUGGAUAAAAUAGAGGUUGCAAUGCAGCUAAGCAGAGUGAACUUCAAAUUGGUAGUUUUUGGAAAAAGCGAUAAAUACACAAUGUUCAAUGAUUUUUGUCAAGGAAAUUCAGAAAACGACUCUUUUGAAGUGGUGAGGCUUGAAUCUGGACAGAAAACUGCAGUUAUCAUGUUCAGCAGUGGUACAACAGGACUUCCUAAAGGAAUUUGUCUGUCCCAUAAUGCGUUAUUGAAACAGGCAUUCACUUUGGUUGCUGUCCAAAAUUUGUCUACGACCAGCGUGUUCCUACACUUCUCUUCUUAUAACUGGAUCACAGCACCUUUAAUUUUGUUUGCAACUCUUCUAGUUGGGGCAUCACGUGUUUUAGCUCUGGAAUCCUCAGCUUGGACUGCCAUCCAUGAAUGCAAGGUCACACACGUAUAUUGUCCACCCCAUCUUACGGCUCUUUUACUCAACCAAAUAAAGCCUGACCCAGAGAAAAAUAAGAGCGUGAUAAGUUACAUGUCAGCAGGUAGUAGACUCAGUAAUGACUUAUUUGAGGAAUUGGUCCGUUUAUUUCCUGAAGCUCUGGUCAGUCAAAGUUAUGGACAAACUGAAGCUAGUGGGUGGAUAUCAAUAUUUCAACUUACCAAGCAGGAGGACUGUUCAUUAGCUAGGAAAAAGCCUGACUCAGUUGGAAAAAUCUGGCCUGGAUUUUCAUGUAAAAUAGUCGAUAUAGCAACUGAGGAAAUUCUUGGCCCUAACAAAACCGGAGAAAUCAGACUAAAUAGUAAUUCUCUUUUCAUGAACGGAUAUUACAAAAGCGACGAGUCCGACGCUUACGAUACGACUGGAUGGCUCAAAACUGGCGAUCUUGGCUACUACGAUGGAGACGAAUGCCUUUACGUUUUGGACAGAUGCAAGGAGAUGUUAAAAUACCGAGGAUUCCAUAUCCGUCCUCAGAAGUUGGAGAUGAUUUUAGAGUCACAUCCGGCAGUAGAAAAGGCGGUGGUGAUUGGUGUUACUCACCAGAUAGAGGGUGAUCAUCCGAAGGGGAUUGUGAUUUUGAAAAGUGGAAAAGGACGUGAUAUAUCGCCCGAGGAUUUGAGGUCUUUUGUAGACGAUCAAGUGGAAGAAAGGAUGAAACUAAGGGCUGGAGUGCAAAUAGUUGAAUCAAUUCCAUUGACCUCAACGGGAAAGCCGAAGAGAAGAGAAUUGAAACAAAUGGUAGAGAGUGGACUACUCUGAUAAUAGAAAUGAAAAAUCAAGAGAGGGUCAUAAUUUUAAUUCGACUAUAUUUUUAGGUGAAUUAUAGUAUCAAUAUCA